AUGGGCCUGGUCAAUGCACCAUGGGGUGGAGACUGGGUCACAUGGUAUGUAGUUAGAAGGGCACCACAAGUAGGCGACCUGGCUUGCCGCGUAUCUAAUGCGCCAGGAAGUUUGGAGUAUGAUAGAUCUCAAGCGGAGGAGUUGAAAAGGACUGCCAUUGCGGUUGAGAGCAUGCGGCUCUCUGGUCCGUCCUCCCCAAAGCAGGGGAGAAGGAACAACCGUGCAAGGCAGAUGAUAUACUCCUCUGAGGAGGAUGAACCGCGGGCUGACUGGCCCGCACUAGGUGAGGGUUGCCCGGCGGAGACUUCCUUGUCUAAAGUGGAGACUGGUAGGAUGCUUAAUACCAUCCUGGAACCCUCCAUGGCGGCAGAAGUUGCCAGGCUGAGAUGCCGUAACCUUAAGGGAGAGCUAUCAGGGCUUAUGAAAAACUCCUAUAAGAUCAUGAUGGAGGGAAUCAAGACCCUGAACGAGAGGGUCGAAACCCGAGCGGACGAUCCUCCAUCAGCCAAGGAAACAAUUGCGCAGAUGAAGGCUGAAUUGAGAGCCAAGGAUCUGCGCAAUAAAGAGGUCAUGGGAGAAAACGGUCGCCUCAAGAGGGCGAAUAAGAAGAUGGAGAAGGUCCUGGAGAAUCCAUCGGCCGGGAAUAGCCGAUCAAAGUCUCCGGACAUAAGGGAGUCAAUAAAGGCAUUGACGGAGGCUCUUCGCAAUGUACAACAUGAGAUAAAAGAGAUACGGCAGCAGCAGCAGCAGCAGCAGUGGAAACAGCAGCAGCAAACACAGCAGCAGCCACAGCAGCAGCAACAACAGCGGCAACAGCAGCAGCCGCAGCAGCAGCGGCAACAGACAACGGGUGGAGCAACGACGGGAGCUGGUGGGCCACACAAAGGUCCUACACCCCGUGCUGAGCCCAGUUGA